ACUGGUUCGAAUUUGUGGUGGUGUAUUUUAUAAAGGUUUUAUUUCCAAUUUAAGAAAAGGAUUCCUUUGCAUUUCAUCAGUUCUGUUUCUAACUGGGUAGUGGCGAGAUCGUUUGCUUCGUUAUUUGUUAAUUUGUUCAUCGUACAUAUCAAAUAGAUAAAAAUGGAAAGCUACAAAUUAGUCAUUUUUCUCGCCUUUUGCAUCACCCUGUGCUAUGCCAAAGUUGACGCCGGAUCCAAUGCAACUUCAACAGUACCUCCUGAAAAACAGACGUAUGUUGUGUCAUCUUCAAUUUUCCCUUCUGAUUUAUCUUGGAAUACUGGUUUUGGUCAAGCUUUGAUUUUCGUAGGAGCUGCUGCGUUUAGUUUCGUGUUAAUAGGAGGACUGACUUUGCUUCUUGCUCCGCUUUUCGGAUACAAAGUCUGCGCAAUAUUGGGCAAUUGCAAUAAAGAAGCGAUAACGUAUUCGGCCGAAGGUACUUUACAAAAUCCAGCCCAAUCAAAUACAUAUAAUAACGAUUGGGGAACCGCAGCACCGUACUUCCUUCAAGCUCCUUACACCACGUAUGGAAAAAGGUCGGUCGAAUACAUCAAACCUAUCUUGGAAACGUUGGCUAAGACUUACGAGCAAUCAAAAAGACGUUAAUUUAAUUUAAUCACUUAGGUAGUCGAUAAUUAGAUACAUGUAAAAUAAGGUGAUAAUUUCUGUAAAUUUCCACAAUAUAAAAAUAAAUUCCUAGGAUUAAAAAAUGAAUUUAUUACAA